GUGUCUUUUUUGAUCCCUGAAUGUGGCUUGCUACCUGAAGUGCUGAAAAGCACUAUUGCGGAUGUUGGAGAGUACUACCUGGUGAGGAAUUUACCAGUUCAUGAAUUGGUCGCUCAUGAUUUCAUUGAUGCUUUUGUGAAGAAAGGUUCAUGCUAUGCACUUACCCAUAAAACAAAAAUUGAUCAAGAUAAUACUGCAGCUCUGCUACCAAACGGAAAUCUAAUUCUGUCGGUGGAUAAGGAUACUUAUGAGGAACUUGGACUGCAAGGUCGCCCUUCUAAGUAUUCUGGCAAAAAAGUAAUGAGAUAUAUUAUAACUAUUGACUUGACUGAUUCUGGCUUUCACCCUGAUAGCAAGAAACAUAACAGAGUGCUUUGGGCCUUAAAAGAAAAGAAACCUUUAGAAUUUGACUUCCUACUGGCUUGGUAUAAUACAGGUGCAGAGGGAUCAACGUUGAUGUCAUACUUUUCAAAAAACCAAAUAGAGGCCCUGAAGCCAAAAAUAACAUUCAGCACAUUAAGGGACUUGCAGUGCCCAGUGUUACAAAGUAACGAACUACAGGGAAAGCCAGAGGAAUCCUGCAGUACAGAGGAGCUGUUUGAAUGGCUGGGUGCUGUCUUGAAUCAAGUUAGCUUAGACAACAAAUCUUCUAGCUUCUUAUCAACCUAUUGCUGUCCUCAGCCAAACACAAUUGUGGAAAAAGCUUUUUUGUGCACAAUCACAGGCUUUAUAAUUCCUGAGAAGAUAAUUCAGUUACUGGAGCAGCUGUGUUGCUAUUUUGGUGAACCAAAACUGGCGUAUUGGUUGACCUUAACCGUGCAUGGCUUUGCAGACAGCCCUGUUUCCUGGAGAGAAAGUGAACAUGGUUUCCACAAGGGAGGAGAAAACUUGUACAACUUUGUCAUUUUUAGAAAUCUGGACUACUGGCUUCAGAUGGCUGUAGGAACUAAUGAUGAUUGUCCUCCAUAAAGCUACCUACAGAAUUUGUUUUCUAAUAAUUCCAUGUUACUGUAUAGAAACCUAAUAAGAGAAUUUUUAUAAAAGGAAUCAGGUAACAAGUUAAGUA